GCGGCUCAAGCGCACACAGUCGACCGUCGGUGACUUGCUGAUUACAUGCAGUAGCUAAUUGCUGCACAGAGGUCACACGGACUUUGAUCACAAUGGGGGUAAAAGACCGCCCUCAGUGUUACUUUGAUGUGGAGCUCAACCGGGAGCCAGUUGGGCGAAUUGUCUUUCAACUUUUCUCGGAUGUUUGUCCCAAGACAAGCAAAAACUUUCUCUGUUUGUGCACUGGUGAAAGGGGAACUGGCAAAAUCACAGGGAAAAAGCUGUGCUACAAAGGCUCCACAUUUCACAGAGUUGUAAAGAACUUUAUGAUCCAGGGAGGCGACUUCACCGAAGGAAAUGGAAGAGGAGGAGAGUCCAUAUACGGUGGCUACUUUGAAGAUGAGAACUUCACUCUCAAACACGACAGAGCCUUCCUGUUGUCGAUGGCCAAUCGUGGGAAAGACACCAACGGCUCACAGUUUUUCGUCACAACCAAGAUGGCACCUCAUCUUGAUGGAGUCCACGUCGUCUUCGGUCUAAUCAUCUCCGGCUUUGAGGUGAUAAAGAAGAUCGAGGGGCUGAAGACUGAUUCAGCUAGCAGACCAUACGCUGAUGUGAGAGUGAUGGACUGUGGACAGCUGAUCACCAAGUCCGCCAAUGAUGUUCUUGAAGGGAAGAGGAAAAGAGCCUCCCAUUCUGCUGACUCGUCACUCAAUUCACACGACUCGUCCUCUCAGUACUCCUCUUCAGCGGAGUCUGAAUGUGAAUCUGAUGAAAAGGGCAAACAACACAAGCACAAGAGACAUGGAAAAAGUAAACAGUCAAAAAAGAAAAGGAGGGAAUCAAAGAAUGAGAAGAAAAUUGAUGUUCUGCCCUCCAGACAAAGUCCUGUGGAAAGAGAUAUGUUGGCGGGAAAGAUUGAAGUGGAAGGAGAGAAGGAACAGGGCGGGAAGAGAGAAAAGCCUGUAGUUCGACCGGAGGAAAUCCCGCCUGUGCCAGAGAACCGCUUCCUGCUGCGGCGGGACAUGCCAUCUCAGGAAGAUAAAACAGAGAUAGUUGAGAAAGAAGAAUCAUCUCUUUCAACUGACCAAAAACCAGCAGUCUCCAAGUCUGGACGGAAGAUCAAAGGCAGAGGAACAAUGAGAUAUCACACUCCCACAAGGUCUAAGUCCCGCUCUGCAUCUGUGGAAGAGCAUGGAAGCAGUGAAACUCCGCCACACUGGAAAGAAGAGAUGAAGAGAACCAAAGUUUAUCAACCCCCGAGCAUCGAGAGAUGGAGCAAAGGAGACAAAUUGAAUUCCUCAAGCAGAUGGGACGACAGAAGCGACUCUGCAUGGUCCCGGUCUGCAGAGCACUCUUCAGACCGCAGUUCUGAGAGGUCCAGCCUGCACCGCCAGCAGAAGAAGGAGAAGAAAAAAGCCAAACAUAAGAAGAAGGCCAAAAAACGUAAACAUGGCAAAAAGAAAAGCUCCAAGAACAAACCUCAAGAGGCUGUCCCAUCAGAGGUUGAAAGAUCAGUUUCUUCAGGAAAAAGGUCUAAGUCCAGGAUGUCCCGUUCUCCAUCUCGUUCCUCUUCAAGUCAGCGUCAUUCGUCAUCGCAGAGGAGACGACCUUCUUAUAGAGACUCACGAUCUUACUCCAGAUCCUACACAUCCAGCCGAUCCAGAUCUCGACGGAGGUCCCAGUCUUAUUCAAGAUCCAGGAGCUUUUCUAGGUCUAGAAGUCGGUCUCGGUCCAGAUCUCAGUCCUAUUCUCGAUCCAGGUCAAGAUCAAGAUCAAGAUCCAGGUACAGAUCCAGAUCUUUGUCUCCAUCUAGAAAGAGGAGUUUAUCCAGAUCUCCAAGAAAGCGAAAAGCCAGCAAGUCCGAAUCAGACGCCAUGAUCCACAUAUCAGAGAAACUUCCAGAGAGCAAAGUCGCAUCUGUCUCCAGACUCCCUGCUGUCCCCGCCCCAGAAAGUGUCCCUGUGAUCCCACUGAGCGACAGUCCUCCACCCUCACGCUGGAAGCCCGGUCAAAAGCCCUGGAAACCCUCUUACAUCCAUAUUCAGGAAAUCAAAGCUAAAGUAACUCCCAGUAACAUCUCCUCCACAGGUGAUAGUGUUGUAGAGAAAGCUCAGGCCUCAGUUACACCAAAGUGUCUGCCAGGUGACCCCAAAAGUGACAAAGCACACAAAUCUGCACGGCAUUCACGCAGCAGGUCUUCUAGAAGUAAAUCCUACAGCCGCUCAUACAGCCGCUCGUACAGCCGCUCGUACAGCCGCUCAAGGAGUAGAAGUUACAGUAAGUCCAGGUCCCGAUCCCCCCGUGGCUCUAACAGCAGGUUGUCCUCCUGCAGCAGAUCAGAUACUGAAAAGUCCCAGAAAACAACUAUCAACAAGAAUAAUUCAUUAGACAAAGAAUGGAAAGAGUUUCACAGUUCUCUGAAGAGGAUAAAACAUUUAGAUAAGUACAUUUCACAUACUGGUUGUCAGGAUGGUCUCCCAGAAUCAGAGAACAGAGAAAACAACAAGCCUGAUAUCAGUGUCUCAAGGAGAAGUGGCUCUUUGGAAAAAAUGAAAGAGAAAGGCAGCUCACAGGAUCAAGAGACCAAACACCACAGUUCAGUGCAGGCAGAGAGCUUUAACAGCAGGUCUGAAUGGGAUAGCGACAGUGAUAAAGUGAGCCAAAGCAACAGUGCCACCCUAAAAAAGGAGAAACAAGGAGUUCAAUCCAGGGAAUUCCUUGACAAAAAGUUGUCUGCUCCUGCAGGAUGGAAUUCUGAAAGUGAUGCAGAAAAUAUAACAGGCAAGACACUGGCCAUAUCUGAAAAAGAGGAAGGAGAGGCGAGUUCAGAAUCAGACUGUGAAACUUCCAGAAAGAUGUUGGAGGCAGCCAUUGCUUUGGCAAACAAGACUGCUGCUGCUGCUGCUGCUGCUGCUGCUGCUGCUACUGCUACUGCUACUGCUACUGCUUCUGGUCAAUCAGAAGAAAUUCCUGAGAAGGCGGCAGAGCCGGAGAAGCACAAGAGCAAGAAGAAGGCCAAACGUAAGCACAAGCACAAGAGGAGAGGGGAGAGCAAAAGUGGUUCCCAUCGCAGCAAGGACAAGACAAAGAGAUCUAAGAGGAAACAUCAGAAACUGAAAGAGACCUUUCACUGGCAGCCACCUUUAGAGUUCGGAGAGGAGGAAGACGAAGAUGAAUCCAAACGAGAGAAACAUAGUCCAGGUAGAGUUGCCAAAGAAAGGACUGGUGUGGAUUGUAUGAAUAAAAAGGACCAAAAUUCAACCUCUUUAAACAAGGACUCAACUAGAGAAGAAGAAAGGGGGCAACAGACGACAAAAGAAUGUAACAAAAACCCCAGACAAGCUGAAUCUCAUCAUCAGUCAUCCAACAGGAAUGGUGCCAACACUACUAACUUGUCCAGCGUCAAGGAGGAGCAGGAGUCAUUAGAUGAUAUGGACAUUUGUACUCCUGAGCAUGACACCGAAACACUUGUUGAGCCUUCAGUUACAAAUGAAUCUUUUAACAAUGUCUCUGAAUUAACCCUAAAAACUACCUCAAAGUUUUCAGAUCUGGCAAGUAAAGAUUUACCUCAGCUUCACAGCAAAGAGCAGUCUUCUGUUACCUCCGUGACAACAGCUGAAGGCCUGAAAGAUGACGGAGCUGCUGGCAAACCUGCUGGCACUGCCAUUAAUUUCAAAUGGAGGCCUUUGAAAGGCAUGUCCACGCUACAGAAUGUGAAUGUGAAUGUGGCACCUGUUGCCGUGAAAAACACCCAGCUUCAACAGAGCCAGACCCAAAACACGCAGGGAGUGAGAAUGGAGAUUAAAAGCAAAAGCCGCAUCCGCCCGGGAUCUCUGUUUGACGAGGUCCGUAAGACAGCACGGCUCAACCAGAGGCCAAGGAACCAGGAGAGCUCCAGCGAGGAAAGAUCCCCCUCUGUAGGAAAGACCAGGGGUACGUCACGCACGCGGUCCCCAAAGAAGUCGACCAGAAAGUCCCGCUCUGUUUCCAGUCACCGGUCCCGCACCAGAGGGUGGUCCCACUCCUACAGCAGGUCCAGAAGUAGAUCCCGCAGCUCCAGCUACUCCUCCAGGAGCCGGAGCAGGAGUCGACGGAGACGUGGGAGGGGACGGUCACACUCCCGCAGCAGCACAUACCGAAGUUAUAGAAGUCACAGUCGGACAUACAGUAGAAGCCAUUCCAGGAGUCGCUCAUAUACUCGCCGAAGGAGAUCCAGGUCAGACUCCUCUGACAGCUAUUCCAGUCGGAGUCGGAGUGCAAGCAGGAGACGAGGGCGCAGACGAAGUGACAGCUACAGGAGCUCAGACCGCCGAUCCCGGUCUUACCGCUCCUCCAGUCGCAGUUCUUCCAGGCACAGAAGUCACAGUCGCAGCAGUCGGUACAGUUGAACCACACCUCGGGCAGGUUGUUGGGUCCAUGUCUGCGGAGAGGAAACAGAACAACAAAGUCUGGACACUGUACACACAAAUAGCAGAUGACUUUUAAAGCUACACCUUGUAUAAUGUUUUAAUACUGUACUAUAUGUCCUCCUACAUAGUGAUGCCAGUAUAAAAGCUGAUGUUACAGUCUUUGGGAAAAUGAAUGUCAUCAAAAGAUGAAUGAAUAAACCACUUUACAAGCUUACACAAAGGUAGAUCUCUUUUAGAGACUACAACUGAGAAUAAUUGGGUUCAAUCUCGUCAACAUGGCCACUCUGGACAGAAAUUUUCUAUGUGAAGUUUAUACUUCUUAGAAAUAAUAAGCUGUUAAUAUUUUUAUUAUUGUAUAUUUGUGUAUUCUUUUUUUUUUACUUUGGUCUUUUUAUACACUGAAACAACUAAAUGUACAUUUAUUAUAAAUGUAUAAUCCUCUUCUCACAGCUGUGCAGAGUUAGUGAGUAUGGGUUGAGAUGAUGCCUUAAAUUCAGGGUAAGCAAGAUUGAUGAUUGUUGUCUGGGAAAGUCCUCAUUCAAUGAAAAAUAACUUGUUGGUUUCUGUAGCUGUUUCAAGCUGUAAUUUGUCUUUGUUGCA